GACGAUUCGUUUUGAAUGUAUAUUUCGCUGUUAUAUACACAAGUACACACCAACAGGUUCACAAACAUAAUAUGAUGAUACGAUUUGACUCUACAGUCGGUGUCUGUCUAUCAAAAUAUACACACUUGUUCGUGAAUCGUACGGAAAAUUCACAGCGAAAAUUAUAUAAUAUUUUCAAAAUAUUAUAAAUCAUCUUUGAUAUUGCUAAUAUUUUCGUUAAAAAAAAUACAGAGAAAAAGUGUUGCGACAAUUUUUUUUCUGUAUUGCUGUUAUCGGUUAUACGGCCGUGGGUUCAAUUAUGGCGGUACAAUAAGUAGUUGAGUGUCACGGUUUAUUACAUUUUCAUUAAGGAAAUUCAACAAACAGAUUCGUUAAACAUUUUAAAGUAUUGAAGACACUUGAAUAAUUUUACGGAUAAUUUGAAUUAAAAAUUUUAAUGAGUGCUAAUAAUACAGUGUUCGAAUGUUAAAUUUUAAAAAAAAAUACCUGUACGUGUAUACACAUAUUUAAAAAUAUAACAAAAUAAUUCUACUCAUCUGUUAAAUGUGUUGUGUAGUACCUAUACUAUAUAAAUACAAAUAAAGUACUUAUACGUCGUCAUUAAACGCUAAUGCUUGAUGUACCAAAAAAAAUAUGUAUUAAUUCGAUGUGUAUUGGUGUUAUCAAACAAAUUACUUUUUAAUAGCAGUUUGAGCAAAAAAGGAAUCAAAUAAAAUACAAUAAACUGGAUAAAUUACCUAAAGAAUGGGAAAACAGAAAUACAUCCAACAUGAGUACUUCGGAUUAUACGUAUUCGCCAUUGUACAAUAACAACGGCAACGCUCCCCACAACGCAGCAAUCAACCACCCAUCAACAUCUACCUUCCAUACAAAUUACUACUCAAGCAGCUACUAUCCACCCUAUAAUCAACAAUUGCCACAUACCAAUGUUAACAACAACUUUGUCAUAAACAAUAACAACAUUGAUGAGCGCGACACAUCAAGUCUAUAUAGUCUGCAGUCCAAUCAAACACAACAGUAUCAACAGCCACAGCCAUUUCGUGUUGAUACUUACAAUGGGGGAGUUGGGAGCGAAGGAUAUAGAGUGCCGUCCACUGCUACGAAUUGGUUUAAGAGUGACAAAUCCACUGAACAACAAUCCAAUGUGAUGAAUAUUAUUAGUAUGGCCAGUAGCAACAAUGGCCGGGAAGCAAGAAACAAAGCGGAAAAAAAUCGUCGAGACAAACUCAAUAACUCGAUACAAGAACUGUCCACAAUGGUGCCGCAUGUUGCAGAGUCACCUCGUCGUGUCGAUAAAACUGCUGUGCUUCGCUUUUCUGCUCAUGGAAUGCGAGUAGAAUAUGUUUUCGGUAGAUCGAGGGUGUCAUGUGUAACCGAUCAACUUACCGAUGCACUUGUUCGUUUGUUGGAUACAUUCUUUCUUACGGUUACAUGUAAAGGGCAAAUAGUUUUAGUAUCGCCAAGCAUCGAGCAGCACUUGGGACAUUGUCAGACUGAUUUAUUUGGACAAAAUAUAACAAAUUUCACUCAUCCUGACGAUCAUGCCUUUCUGCAGCGUCAAUUAAUACCAACCGAUUUAGAAAAUCUUUUCGAUAUACCAGCCGAUGCGAACGUAAAUAACGAACCAAAACCUCGCUCCCAAGAAGAAGAGGAUGAAAUUGACAGAAAAUUGCGUACCGAUAAACGAAGAUUUACUAUCAGGCUUGCUCGUGCUGGUCCACGAACCGAACCAACACAAUAUGAAGUAGUUCAAUUUGAUGGUUGCUUUCGUCGAGCGGAUUCUGCUCCCCGCGGAGUAAAGGCGAGCACAUUUCGGUCGGGUAUGCAUCUAAUUCGUAGAGCUAGAUGUCGUGAGGACACAUCCAUGCCAUUGCAAGUCAUUAGCGGAAAUGAUGUGGUUCUUGUGGCCAUGGCUCGUGUUAUUAAACCUCCAACGAUAACCGAACGUCUGUUCGAAGCCAAUAAGUUUGAAUACAAGACGAGACAUCUUAUUGAUGGAAGAAUUGUGCAAUGCGACCAACGCAUCUCUAUUGUAGCUGGCUAUAUGGCAGAUGAAGUAUCCGGAUUAUCUCCCUUCACGUUUAUGCAUAAGGAUGACGUUAGAUGGGUGAUGGUGGCCUUACGGCAAAUGUAUGACUACGGCAGUACCUAUGGUGAAUCGUGCUAUCGCUUGAUGGCUCGCACCGGUCAAUUUAUAUACCUCAAAACUCGUGGGUAUUUAGACAUUGAUCGUGACACGAAUGAAGUUCGCUCGUUUGUUUGUCACAAUACCUUGAUAACGGAAGACGAAGGACGAAAAUUGAUCAGAGAAAUGAAAAAGAAAUUUGCAGUCAUUAUCCAGCGCGAAGGUGAUUAUCGUCCUAUAGAAUGUGACGAGCCGGCUGUGGAAAAUCCUGUUCAAUUAGAACGUGCAAUAUUAAGCUUAAUUACCAAUUUACAUAGUUCGUCGGCAGUUGAAUCUGCAGACGAAAAUGUACCAUCGCCAACAAACACAUACAAUUCGGACGACGUAGGUGCUGAAUGUCGAAAUACCAAAAGUCCAGGUCUCGCGUACAUUGCACCAAAAGUCGAAACAAUCAAAGUUUCGAUUGAUAAAAGUGUUAAAAUCAUUGAAACAUCGUCAAAAACCUCAAACAAAUGCAAUGCCAACGUGUCAAGACCAUCCGUUUUACAUAAAGUGGAGAAUACAAAAUUACCUCCAACAAUCAUACAACGAUCAAGUCAACAGACGAUAACUGGUACUAACAAAUUCUCAAAUCCACUACCGAAUGCUCAAUUUACGAUAAAAGAAGAACCAGUCGAUUCUCGUGUGCCACCUUUGCCAACAGCUGUUGGAUAUUUUGAAUCAAAUUCAGAUUUGUCCAGUCCACCUGAGUGCAAAAUUUCCGACUAUGGAAAUCAAUCGAUUUACAGUCCGAGUAGUACAACUGGUAGUAUAAUGUCCGAAUAUGGUAAUGAGCGAUGCACGUCGGUCUUGAAGAGGACACACGAUUUUGAUAAUAAUUUUGAUGAUCCGACGGCUAAACGAAGAAUACAAUACCCUGGAGGAAUGAAUCAGAUGAUGAGUCCAUUAGGCUGUUAUAGCCAGUAUGAAGAGAUGCCAAUGAGUACAAAUCAAUCGAUUAUGCAAAAUUAUCAAAUGGCUGACGCAGCGUAUAUGGGCGACAUAAACACAAAUUUCGAUCGAACGUUUUGCGCAGAAUCAAGUAGUCAAUAUUCCAUGGGUAUCGGAAUGACCACACACAAUGACGGUCGCGUUCAUCCACAAUUCGUCAAUGUAAAGCAGGAGCUAACGACAACCUAUUUCGAUACUUCACAGCUUAACCAAUCGCCAAAUUCGAGCACUGACGAACGGGACGAUAGCUAUGACGAGCCUAGAUGAACAACGUGAUGUGCGUCAUUUCCGUAUAAUUAUGAUCAGUUUUUCAAAGUACCUUGAACCGUUUUAAUUAACGGGUGCAAUCACAGCAGGAACCGCAUUUUAGUUUCGAUAUUGUAUAACAAAUGAUUUUUUAUAUUUCUUCUUCAUUAACGUCAUUUAACGUGAUAUUCACUAACAGUUUUACUUGCAACGGACCGGUCAAAGGGAAUUUGUAUUGGGUUUAGUGUGUGAUCUCUUUGAGUUUGUAUUAAAUUCCAUGCAAAUUGUUAAAAAAAAAUUGAGGUAAAGAGAGUAACAAGCUAAGAAGCGAAAGUUAGUAAGUUUUGCGAUAGUUAAAGGGUUAAUGUGAUUGGUGGACUUUGAAUAAUUUUAGUAGGAGUACCCACCACAUGUGCACUGGCUUCGUUUCGGUCAUUUGAAUUCUAGGCAAACAUUAAAAAUUUAAUGCCCGAUUUUCCAUUAAACCGACCUGUUUGGUUGAUUAUUGAACUACUUGCGCUGAUCCUAAUUCCCAUAGAUUGAAAUGGAUUACAAUAAAUCAAAUUUUGAUCGAUGUGAGUUUAAUCCUUUAGGCACGACAGUCAUCAACUGUCGUCAACGACGAUUAGUAUAAGCCAUAUAUGAAACGUUACCCAUUGAUCAAAGCAAGUAGCAGAUUUACGAGGGACAACUGCUUUCAGUUUCUGAAAGGUUAGCUCUGAACCUCAGUAAGCUACAUAGAAUUUUGCAGACUGAUGUGUGAGGAAUGUGACCUCGCGGAUGUUACUAGUUGAUGCCAUGGAUUGAUAAGCUUUAUUACCGUACGUAAUUAAGCAAUUACACUCAUUUUUUGUCUCUAUAAAAAUUUGUGUGGUCGAAAUACCUUGUCAUUGUCUGAUAUUCGAUGAAAAACGUAAUCAUCAUUCCGAUCGGUAAAAUCUAACGAGAUGUAAUUCAUGCUGUACGGCUAUUUUUUUCGAUUUAUGACUUUUUUCAAUGACAGAAAGAUCAUAAAGCACAGCCUAAUCGUUUUUUUUUUUCAUACGCUAUGACCUGGCUUGGUGAAAAUACUCUUGACAUAGGUAUGCCAUGCCGUAAGACUGCAGCUAAAUACGUAAAAAAAUCUCUACAUGGACCACUAGCAUUCUGAUCUGAACUUCAUUCAGUAGACUCAGCCUGUCAAACAUCAGAAAAAAAAAAUUGAAAUCAUCCAGUGCAGCUUGUUCAGCCACAUUUCUUCAGUAUGGAUUGAAUAGCACAACCCGAUUUCACUUGUUCAAAAAAUACUUUAUAUCGGUGGGGACAAAGUCAAUGUAGUCGGUGAAGCCACCAUAUGCCUUUUCAUUUGAAAAAUUGUGAAAUUGUGUAGGUCACAGACCUUGAAUGAUGACUCAUUUUAUUCACUCAUUGAUAUUCCUAUCAUUUGCCUUAUUUGUUGACAUUUAACUUAGCAUGAAAAUUUGUUUCUAUUUUCGUUUUUAUUACAAUUAUGGCCGCCAAUCACAUACAUACCCUAUUUCGAUUGAUAAGUACGUUAAAUUGUCUUUUCUUUUUUCGUAAUUUAAUAUUAUAGUUGAGAGUAGAUGUUAUGAAAAAAAGUAUGGUUUAGAUAAUAUAUGAAUGACAUUAUAUUAAUAAACGACUCAUAAAAUAAAAUAAAAUAUUUUUCGUAAAAUUUAGUAAACAACACGAAAAUUAAAAUGAAAAAAAAAAUUUUUGGAGGAGUGGCAUCAAUUGUGAAUAUUGACCAAUUUAUAUAAAAGGAAAAUUUGAUUUAUAUUUUUAACAUUUUGAUGAAUUCGUGAAAUACAAAAUUAAAAAAAAAGAAAAUUAUCAACGAAUGACACAGCAACAAUUAGUAGUUUGUCAGAUAUUUGUGGAAAAUCUACCAAUGAAGCAUUAGUAUGCGGGUAUUAUUAAACGGUUUUUAGUGGUUAUUUUAGCACCCAUCUAACACUUCUUUUUCCUUGAUGUUUCUCGAGCAGCUUGGUUCAAUUUCUUUAAAUUG